GAAAAAAAUCAAGAAUUUAAAUUGGCAAAUAAAUAUAGUUUAAAUUUUUUGGUUUGGGUAAUUUGGGUAGACAAAAAAUUUGAGGAAAAGAAUGAAGAAAUUGAAUAUUUAAAUAAAAUGUGGGUAUUUAGAAGAAGUUAUUAUUUUAGUAAAUAUGAUGAAUUAUUUGAAUUAAAAAAUAAAAAUGAAUUGGAAAAGGAAGGAAAUUUAAUGAAUAAAAUACAAUUUGGAAUUUGGAAGAAUUUAAAAGAAGAAAAUAAAAAUAAAUUAAUUAAAAAUUGGAAGGAUAUAGAAAAUGGAAAAUAUUUGGGGAAUAAACAAGAAAUGGAAGAAUUUGAAGAAUUUUUGAAUGAAGAAAUGGAAAAAGUUUUGGAAAAAGAAAUUAAUUGGGAAGAAGAAAAUUUGGAAAAUAAUGAAAGAGAAGAAAGGAAGGAAUUGUAUAAAAUUGUGAUUAAAGGUAUAAAUUAG